AGACAUAUUACGGUUGCCUCAUUAUCAUCGCACUGACAUUUCAAAAUGGAGUCGUAAACAACUUUCUUCGCCUGCUACUGAUGUAAGAUGGGUAUUGAACAAAGCAGUCAUGCUGGAGGUGGUUCACACAAGCACAUAAAAGGUAAUAGUGCAAAGGCUUCAUCACCCCGUCCAUCCAUCAGCUCAGAUUCAGAUGUUCCUUAUAUUUCGUCAACAGUAAACAACCCUAUUGGUGACUCACCCAAGCUUUUUAGCAAGAGUCCCGCACGCCUUCUCAGGCAUUCCUCUUCUCCCCACCCUUCCCCAAAGCCACGGCCUCACUCAUAUGCUGGCUCCUCAGGUCACGAUAUUGUUGUUGUAAAGGAAGGGAACCAAGAUCUUGAAACUGUCGAAGCUGAUGAAGAUCUUCUUAAGCUCCAGAGAAUACCUUUAUUUUAUCCCAUAUUGCGAGGAACACUGCAUAGCCCCAUAGUACGUGACCCCGAUGUAUUGGAGAGGCUGGACAACCAAGCAGUGAGCCGUUUAGCCUCAAGGUACCAGGAGCACUUAAGACAAUGUGCAGAUGUUGUGAGCACAGAACAGAAUGCUAUAGCAACAAGGAUACGAGAGAUUGAUUAUGCAAUAUCAACACUGAGCACGAUGCUGACUGACAGGCAGAAGAAGUUUGUCAAGCAUGCUGAGCAGUUCUCCAAAGUCCAUGAGCUCUCAUCCAUGCUCAACAACUCCCAAGCAAUGUUAGAUAAAACCAUUGAGCAAGUAGAAGAACUCAACAAGCUUCUUCCUCUCGAGGAGCAGCUGGAACCAUUUGUAAUGGUAACUGGAUGAUGGCUGGUAGCACAGGAUGGGUAUACAGGUUAGCACUGCCCUGGAGCAUGUCCCUGUUUCAUGCCAAUGGUGCUAGGCAGUGAAGCAUUUACAGUGUGAAACUUAUAACUGUGACAGGGAAGAAAAUUGUCUGUAUUGUUACAGGGCAAUGUCUUCAUCUAGCUCGUAUGAUAGACUGGGUGUCUCAGCCUUUCAAUACGUUUGCUGCGGAAUGCAUUGGGAUGCAGGCGAGCUGGUGGAUAAACUCCAUAAUGAAGAGAGCUAUGGGUGAAGGCACAAAACACAGACAGGAUGCAACCGCUCAAAAGCCGCUCGGUUGUGUCAUGUCUGUUUUUUGUCUCUUUGUCCAUAGCUCAGGAUUUCUUCAUUAUGGGAUGCAUUGGGGCUGGUUUCAGUGAGUGGAGAGUAGUAAUCUUGUCUGAGCUUUGAGCAGCAGCAUGAGUUCACAGAAUAAUAUUGUGUGUUGUUAUGACCCUCAAUGAUUAUUGAUUGAUAUAAAAUUGAUAUGCAAUAGAUUCAUGUAGAAACUGCUUAGUCAUUGUAUGGUGAAAGCCCGUCGUGUAUAGUGCAAGCAGUGUAACAUGCUGUGAUAACUGAGAAGCCCAGUGGCCAUUCAGAAAAAGCGAGGACGUAGGAACAGACAAGCUCUUUUACCUCAUUCCAUUUUUAGCCAGAGUGUAAUCGUAUUUCUUGCCCAGUAAUUUCACCUUUGUCCAGGAAACUCGUGUGAUGUGACUCCAUAUCGGCAUUUCUUGCAUGCCAUAGCACUGCAUUUGCAGAAGCAGUAGAUGCACUUGUUCCAAUGAAAUGCAGAAGCUUUAUCCUAUUCAAUGGGCCAGAUAUCUGUGUUGAAAAAUAGGCUGGAUACAAAACCCAUUCCCUUGCUGUACAAACCCAUCAGCAUCCAGUGAAAGGGCAACAGACAUUUGGUUUCCCCUCACCGAUCCAUCUUUCCAUCAUGUUUGUUCCUUAUCAGCUUGAAUUUUUAUCCUAUUCACAAGGCACGUUUUUAAACAAACUAUGGUUACUUUCCUCUAUCCAUGAUUCUACACCAGGGGCAACUUAACUGGCUCAUGCACAAUUUGCCAUAUAAGGUGCCACAGAUGUACAGACAGACUCAACUUAUAUGUAGAUCUACUGCAAAUUAAUAGUAUCGGCCUUGCUUCGUAACAUGCCCGCUGGUUAUUUUUUUAAACUUUGUUGUUCAUUUCCGCAGAAAUGCGAGGUACAGAAAAAAAGCUACACAAUGCAGCUUGAGGGAGUCUGUACCUCCCUCAAUACAAGGGUGACAGCAACCAGAAAAGAGCAUAUUACAUACAUGUCUUGAUUGGUAAUAUUUAUACAGUUUCAUGAUUUUUAUGCAUUAGAAUUUGCUAAAGAGCACUUACAACAAUAUUUUUUUGUUCUAUGCAUGACAUUUGGGAUAGCGGUGAACCAGGGAAAAAGUAUUCGUUCAAAACGUGAGGGACAUUGUAUGUAAGCACUUGCCUUCGGUAUUCCCUUCUAAUUGCAGGUAUAUGUCAGUAAUGAUCGUGUUUCGUAUUGUAUGCCGUCCUAUGCACUUUUAUAUCUGCUAGUUUAUUGAUACAAGAGACGUAUCUAUCAUUCGCCAAACGUAAUUUUUUGACUAUUAGAAAUUCGUGAAGGUACGAUGCACGCACAACAUUUAGAUCAACAAAAAGUGAUUCUGUGUGAGCAGUACAUGAAAUGUUUGCAAUACAGCGAAUGAUCCUUUUCUGCAAUAAGGUUGAUACCAAGGUUGCGUGUUCGAACCUGGCCUUAGGUACAAAAAUAAUGGUACCAUGAUGUUACACGUAAGGUUUGUCUGCACAGUGUGGCGACUUGUUGCACGUGCCGCAGGGUAGGACUGCGGAUAAUUUGGGCCACCUGGGGUUCGUUUGACGUGCGCCGGAAAUCUCCGACGCAUGGUGCUGGAAGCAUUGUUUACCUCCCUCACAUUGCUACCGCCCUCGGCCGGGAUUGGACCAGCGAUCUUGCAGUUAGCAUGCGGUGAUGCACGGAAGAAGUUCGGUCCUGAUUUCGGUUCAGGCAGUUUUCGGGUAGUUUACCAGUUUUGGGCAGUUUUGCGUAGAAUCGUACCAUGCGGUUUGGCCUUAAGCACAGGACUUCUCGUGCGCUGCCUCACUGGCGGCGGCGAGGCGACGUCAGAGCCGCAUAAGUUUCUGUAUUCGCGGUGCCCAUUUUCUCUGCUUCUAUUACCCUUUCGCUAUGAAACGUUCAGUGGAAGUUCACAUUGGUGCAAAGAAUCGUCUUUUACGUUUACAUCUGAUGCCCUGUCACAGCCACUUUAAGUUAGAUGAAAUAGUAUGAUACAGCUGCAAGUCACUAUGGAAAGAAAGUGAUGUGGCCAAUUCCUUUUGUUGUGGAAUUUCAGUGGAUGUACCAGCUUUUGUUUCUUGCAUUUUGUUACCUAUGGUCAUUCUUGAGUGUCACAUCAGCAGUUCAGUACGUUUUAUAUGAAAAGUGCUACUCCAUGUAGAAUCUCUCCAUGUACAACUUGUGCACAUGAUAUCACAAAUAUUCAGGGGUGUUGGAAGGUGGGGGCAGGGUGGGCAGUCGCCCCCCCCCCCCCUGAACUUCCGCUAUGAGGGUCCCGCCACCCCAUGUUUCUUCCAUAACUCCCAACCGAGACAGAUUUGCUUUCAGCUCUGUUACAGCAGAAUGAAAAUGAACACCGGUUUAAAAAGUAGGGGACGAAAUUCACCCGAAUACUACUACAGUCAACCCUCGAUUUAUGAACACUCUCGGUUCCCCGAAAAAUCGUUCAUAAAUCGAGGGAUUCAUAAAUCGAAAAUUCAGUUAACUGAGUACUAUCGAGCAAAUGCAACAGUGUUUCCGAGUUGGGAUUGUGUUUAUAAUGCCAUAUAUUGUGUAAUUUUGCUUUUGACCAUGCCUUCUGCUGUAUCAAUCUCACAAAGAACAGAUGUUAGCGCAUUCACACUCUGUUUAUUAUGCAAUACUAAAUUGUUUAAUUUUGCUUUGGACCAUGCCUUCCGCUGUGUCAACCUUGGAAAUAAGAGAUGUCACCACUGUC